AGCCGAUUCCCCAUGUUUUGCUCUGUUAUUCCCAAAGCCGAUCCUCCCUUUUCCACUGACACACACUCUCUCUCUCCCCCAACCAAACCCUAAAAACUUGAUUCCUCUCUCUCGAAGAGCAGAGGAGCUGAAAUCAAAAUCACCACUAUCUCCUACCAUGGCUGCACAGGCAUGGCUAUGGACAAGUCUAACUGUUGCGUUGACUUUUAUUUUGACAGUGGUCAAUGGUAACUCAGAAGGAGAUGCCUUGUUCACACUAAGAAAGAGCUUAUCGGAUCCGGAUAAUGUCCUCCAGAGCUGGGAUCCGACUCUUGUUAACCCGUGUACUUGGUUUCACAUCACUUGCAACCAGGAUAAUCGCGUCACUCGCCUGGACUUGGGAAACUCAAAUCUAUCUGGACAUCUAGUACCUGAACUUGGAAAGCUAGAGCAUUUGCAAUACCUGGAACUUUAUAAAAACAACAUUCAAGGAACUAUCCCCAGUGAGCUAGGUAGCUUGAAGAGCCUUAUUAGCUUGGACUUGUAUAACAACAACAUUUCAGGAACCAUUCCUCCUUCCCUGGGGAGGUUGAAGUCUCUUGUCUUUCUACGACUUAAUGACAACCGAUUAACUGGAUCAAUCCCCAGGGAACUUUCCAAUAUUGCAAGCCUCAAAGUUGUGGAUGUCUCAAACAAUGAUUUAUGUGGAACAAUUCCUACCAGUGGGCCUUUUGAACACAUCCCUUUGAACAACUUUGAGAAUAAUCCUCGACUGGAAGGUCCCGAGUUGCUUGGACUUGCGAGUUAUGACACAAAUUGCUCAUGAAGAGAGAGACCAAUGCUGCAGAAUGCCAACUGUCUUGAAUCAAAACUUCACAAAAAUUGUAAGCGCAUUAUCUCACGCUCUCACAGUGUAAAGGGAUUGGCAAAAUGCAAUCCCUCGUAUAAUUAUCUGUAAAUCUUAUGUUACUGCUUAAUAUCGUAGCAUUUGUAACUGCAUUGUUGUGUGUUUUAAGGUCUUCAAAACAGGAAUUUGUACUAAUAUAGUGGUAGUAAAGAGUACCUAAUCUGUGUUAACUUAUUUUUUAUUUUGUUAUAAAGGGGGUACUAAUAUUAGUUGGAGUA